GUCAAAGUGGACAGGAGGUGACGCGGCCGCCGCGGUGCAUUGCGGCCGCCGGUGCCACCACACGGCGUCCGUCAGCACAGCGAGGCCCAAGGCGGCGAGGUCCCACGUAGCGAGGGUGCACGCAGUGAGGGGGUGGUGGGGCCACGCAGUGAGGGCCAGUAGAGCAACCAAGGAGUCCCUGUUCGAGCCCAUGGCCUCGCCGCAGAAGAAGAGAGGCGGCGUCAGUAACGGCGCCGUGAAGUCGCCUUGGAGCAAAGCGCUGAGCGCCGGCGCGCAAUGGGGAGACAAGGACGAGUUCCUGGACGUCAUCUACUGGAUCCGUCAGAUCAUUGGGCUGGUUCUGGGUGUCGUCUGGGGAGUCGUUCCCCUCAAGGGGAUUGUCGCCAUCCUGCUAUUCUGCGUGAUAAACGCAGGCUUGCUCUACUUGUACUUCAGUAACUUCCAAAAGGUGGACGAGGAGGAGUAUGGUGGCACGUGGGAGCUGACCAAGGAGGGCUUUAUGACAUCUUUCUCUUUAUUCUUGGUUGUCUGGGCGAUCUUCUACACUGCAUUACAUUUCGAAUGACUUUGGAUAAUUUUGAAAAAUAAAAAUUUUUUGUCCAUAGUUAUGGUAAAGUUUUUAAACAUGUGUUUUAAACACUGCUAUCCCAUGCAAGCACCAUUUAUAUUGUGGCCAGACUACUUUUUUUAAGAGUUUGAACCACACUUUCAUGUGUAUGGGGACAGUUUAAUGAAAUAUCAUAGCCCAAGUCAUAGUUCACUACAUAUUAAUUCAAAGCUUUGGUAUGGAGACUAUUGAAAAUGUGCCAUCCGUCAGAAGGACAUUUAAGGCUGGUCCGGCAUCCUAUUGUGAAAAAUACGCAUGCAUUUAGAUUCCUGAGCGAUGACCAGUGUACAAGCAAGUUUCAUCUCAAAAGCAAUUGCGUGAACACAUGGGCAGUAAUCAACAUUUUAAAAGUGUCCUUUUAAGAAGUACUGUGUUAUGGUAUUUUUAACCCACAAAUUGGAAGAUACCAAAGUAGCAUAUUUUAUCCGACUACAUUUUGGCAGCUGCCAGUAUCUUAACAGGACUUAUCUGCAAACAAGUUGUAGAAUUUUUCAAACCCAUCAGAGUGGGCUGUGCACCCACCACAGGUUAAGAGCUCAUCCUCCACGCAGAAUGUUGAGGUGGUUACGAAAUGAAUAAAAAUUAAGCGAUUUUA